CAACAUAAUCACUCCGGAGAUGUCUUGACUUAAAGUCCACACAGCUCUAGUGUAUAUCGGGGAGAUCUGGGUUGCAUCUUCUGAAGAAAGACGCAUUUUUGUUACUCCUCUAAACCUUAAGGGGAGUUUUUAGCUUUUGGUCAGCGAGUGGUUCCUGGAAAACAUCUGAAUCGUUUUAUAACCAAACACAGCUGCCGCGCCAGUGUAUGUGUGUGUGCGUGACAGUGUGUAUGUGUGUGUUCAUCCGUAUGUGGAAGAGGGAGAGAGAGUGAGGGUAUCUGUUUGCUUCCUUUUCCAAAACGGAAAGAAAGAAAAAAGUUUGGUCGUCUUUUUCUCCCAGUAACUUUUUUUAGGCAUGAACGCCGAGACGUGCGUCUCAUACUGCGAUAUGACAUCCAUGGAUUCAUAUUAUAGCCCCUCUGCACCGCAAGGUAGGGAUCAUCCGACGAACCCGUUUAGGACAUUCCAAGUAAGUGACACCAAAUACAGCCCCACUUUCCUGCCAAACAAAGGUCAGGCUUACGGAGAAAAGUCUCGGAGCCCAUUCCAACAGGAGUGUCAGUCAUUGGAUGCCACCGCUGGAGAAGGCACCUUUAACAAAUACCACCUCUUCAUGCAGAGGUCUUCUUGCAAAACCCCCCCCGAAGGAGGCAAACUGCACCAAGAAAGUGGACACAACGGAGCGCUCAUUCCCUGCUAUGGUAAAGACAGCUCAGGACUGACAGACUCUGACCUGACCCCGAACUCUGACCCCUCUGGGAUGGACGGCAGCUACCUUAGUGUGAAGGAUCAAGGCGUGAAGGGCCCCUCGGACCGACCAGGCUCGGACAUGGCCGGCCCCAUGGACAAGGGCGAGGGUGAGAGCAACAAGGGCAAGAAGAGGCGUAACCGCACCACCUUCACCAGCUACCAACUGGAGGAGCUGGAGAAGGUCUUCCAGAAGACCCACUACCCAGAUGUGUACGCCCGCGAGCAGCUGGCCCUCCGGACUGACCUGACCGAGGCCCGGGUACAGGUGUGGUUCCAGAAUCGCCGAGCCAAAUGGAGGAAGAGGGAGCGCUUUGGUCAGAUGCAGCAGGUCAGGACACACUUCUCCACGGCGUACGAGCUGCCUCUUCUAGCCAGACCUGAGAACUAUGCACAGAUACAGAACCCAUCAUGGAUUGGUGGCGGCAGCGGAGCGUCUCCUGUACCAGGCUGUGUAGUGCCCUGUGACUCAGUCACAUCCUGUAUGACCCCUCACCCUCACUCCGGCAGCGGCGUAUCUGACUUCCUGGGCGUCCCGAACCCUGGGGGUCACAUGGGACAGACACACAUGGGCAGCCUGUUUGGGGGUCCUGGCAUGGGGCCAGGGAUCAACGGGUACGAUCUGAACAGCAUGGACCCAGACCGCAAGUCCUCCAGCAUCGCCGCCUUGCGUAUGAAGGCCAAGGAGCACAGUGCAGCCAUCUCCUGGGCAACAUGAUGCCUCAACAGCAGCAGGACAGGGGCCUCUGGGAACCCCACCACGUCCAAUCCAAGCCAAAGCAGAGAGGGGGGCCAGUCUGUGCUACUAUAACAGAAAUAUUGAUAAUCUAAAAUUAUAAUGAUGAUAAAAGCCAUAGCAAAUUGCUGAAGAGGAGAGAAAAGAGACAAAUCUGGACAGUGCACUUCUUUAUUUUGUGUCUCUGAUGGGAGAGACCAGUGGACAUCAGAGAUGAACAACAGUCAUUCAGUCAGUCAGUCAGGUAGUUAAAGCAUGAGGUGAGAGGCAGGAAAUCAAGAAUCAGACCUAUCCUUAAAGAGACAAAUGAAUUGGUUGCUUGUUGGAAACAAUGUGCUGGUUAUACAGUAGCUAUAAACCAUAACACAACAAAAAUAACAAAAAAAGCCGAAUAGAUUUGAACCAAUCCCUGCACUUAUUCAGUUAAUACAGGUAAUGCUGUUUGUACAGAUAUUGAGAUGCGUCUGCUAACACACCUGCUAGUGAGAGUCAACAAAGCUUUUUCUGUUCAGGUGUUAUUAUACUUUCUUGUUUUCCGGUAUUUAAAUUUGAAGUGUGUAUUUCUUUAUUCAUUUUGAUCCUGGUUUUGUCCCAGAAUCCCUUGUCCCUUUCUGUCAGACUGUGUGCAACUAUUCUCUCCACAUAAACUGCAAACUGAUAUUCACAUAUUUACGUACAUUCGGCCUGAUUUGGGUCUGUGUGUACAUUUGGGUUUCCUAAGGUCAUUUUGGUCAGCUUCACUUCAAGGAGAGGGGUGUAGGUAACGGUCAAGCCCAUAGCCGAUCCAUCUCCGUCAGACUAACUGAAAGAAUGCUGAUAAAAUCAGUCAUAUACUUCAGUUUUGGAAAGAGGUAAACCAUUUCAAAGGUAGCUUACUGUUUCUGGUAUGCAUGGUCAGCACCAGCAUAGUUUAGGUUGGUGCUACCUUCCAACACUUAAAUGUCAGAUAUAAAUCCAGGUUUGUUUAAGUGCGGGCAGACAGAGAGCCCUACUUGCACCGCUGAUGAGCCAUCACUGAGCCAGAGAGGGACGGGGACGAGGAAGUGGUGUGUGUGGGUAUGAGAGAGGUGCACAGCAGGCCUGCUGGGGGCUACAGGGUCUGGGAGCACCAGACAGGCUCAGCUCUGUUUGCAGGAGGAGAUUCAAAGUGGACAUGCCAUUUCCUCCCUUGGCAUUUCCUCACCUCACAUUUCCACCUAGGGAGUUACAGGAAAAGUGCCCUCCAGUCCCAUUGCCAGAAAUAACACCCAGCGGCAGCCUUGAACAGCAGAGAGGCAGUGUAGAUUAUAUAGACAGUUUUUGAGGGAGGAUAAUAAAAUGGUGACUAAUGCCGUCAAUGUUGACCACUAUCUCUUUUCAUGCAAAGCCUCACUAUAGUGGGAUGGAAUUGUCAAUGGAGAACCUUUGGUGCUUUUGUUAGACAUAUUACUUUCUCUCCACACAAAAUAAGCCGUCAGUCAGUUUUAUACUGGGAACCCCAGGUCUCUUUCCACUUGGAGAAGACUUGUGAAGUGAAUCCCUGUGAAACAGUUUGUUGAGGCAGAGGAGGGCUGUGAAUUGGCUGCAGGUCAUGAUGGACUUGGGGGAACGUGUACUGCACAACUUUAUUCCAUCUCUCACUCACUGUUUAUUUUCCUCUUGGAGAGAGCCGUCAGUAGGCACUUAGCAGCUCCACUCUGUUCCAAAACCAAUGUGCUCUUAUGCAUCUCUUAGUCCCAGAUGCAAUGUAUGUAUGGCCUUUCGCUGUUAGAGACACAUGUAAGUUCAAUGCUGAAUUUCCUGACGGUGUGUAAAGAAUGUGGAGAGGCUACGUCCCAUGAGAGAGGUGUCAGAGUAGCAGGCUGUCAUAAAGACUGGAUAGCACUCUAGCAGAGCUCUGAAAGACCUUAUUUCCAUGUUUGCAUCAACAUGAUCACUUUACCAAUGACAGUAGAGGUAUGUUGUUAGAAAUUCCUCAUUCUCCGCAGUCAGCUGUCCUCCUGACAGCUUUAGUAUGACGACUUGAGUUGAGCAGGCUGAAUUUUGAGCCUGGCUUCAUUAACUCUUUGGCAUGGGGUCUGAGCAGGACCAUUUCAAGAAAAACCACCAGCAUGCCAGGAUGAGGAUCCGAUUACAGCCCCCCGGCAACAAACAGAUUCCCCCCCCUCCUAGCCACCCCCCAGCAACAAACAGAUUCCCCCCCCUCCUAGCCACCCCCCAGCAACAAACAGAUCCCUCCCCCUAUAGUCCCCCGUCCCAUCCCUGGCAACAAACAGAUUCCCCUGUCCCACCCCUUAUAGCCCCCCCCCCCCAGGGAACAACCGGAUCCCCAGUCCCUGCACCUUAGUGUGGACAUGGAACAAUGUGGGGGGCAAACUGUAUUCCGUGCUUUCAAUGGCUCCAUGUCACGAUUCGCGGAGGUGACAGCAAUAGUAGACGUGUUCCAUCAUCUUAUGCAUUAUGAGCUUUCUGUUUUCCCAAAGGUUCCCAUUUGGAUCAAGUCAAAACAAAAGGUCUCAUAGAUUUGAAGCCAAAUAUGAUACCCCAUGCACCUUAAGCAGAGAAUCCAUUUCUAAUUCUGUAACACAAGCCUCAUUAUUUCCCCUUUCACUCGGUAGCUCUGCUAGGAUAUUGUGGUAUGUACGAUCCAGGAUGAACUGUCAGUAUCUACACUAGGUAGCUCUGCUAGGAUAUUGUGGUAUGUAAGAUCCAGGAUGACCUGUCAGCAUCUACAGUAGGUAGCUCUGCUAGGAUAUUGUGGUAUGUAAGAUCCAGGAUGAACUGUCAGCAUCUACAAACAAUGGGUCAGAAACCCUUUCCAAAUGACGACUCAGAUUGGAUCCAGUUAUACAUGGCAGUUCAAGCCUAAUGCAUGAACAUACUGCUGACAACACGGCUUGUCUCUGUGUUUGGAGGUGCUCUUCUGAGAUUUGGAGAUGGGGCCCCUGUGCUCUCAUAGGCCGCUCUAAGGGGUUGCUGGGAGUGCGAACAGGCCACGGCGUUCCGGUGUUCUGGGAAAAGAACAGUGCACACAGCUGCGCUCAGGGGAUAAAUGCAAAACAAACAUGCCUUGCACAUGCUUCUCCUCAGCUGUCAUGGCUCCAUUUUCAAAGAAGCCCCCACACUGCACUAGGGCUCUCCCUCUCGCUCCUCUAGCCGAAUGCCUGCCCCUCCGGCACUACGGCCAUACACAGCUGCACAGCCAGGCUGCAGCCUUUUUAAUUAACACUGGGACAUCUGUGGACAGGGAUUCUUUCUGGGAUUGUGUGACAGAACAGACAGAGCCGCCAGUGGCCCUGUGCUUCAGGUUGGCCUAUAGCUGUCUCUGACUAGGGCUUGUAGGGUUUACAGUGCUGGGUUGGGUGCUUCUCAGAGCUCAAACACACAUGAAGCUCAGGUCGACACAGAGUUGAUUUGUUUACCUUUUUCGACAUGUUUUUGAAAACGUUUUAAGUUCUUUAUUUAUAGACAUGUUCUGUUAUCUGCAGUUCUCUAUGAAUUGAGAAGGACAAAACCGAAAGCUCAGUGUUAAAGACUGCAGAAACGUAGAAGCCCAUAUGAAGCCUUCUUGGAUGAAUCACAGGUUAAUAUGUAAAUAUUCUCUUUCUCAUCUACCCUAAUCGAGGCACAGCUUGCCUUAGGGCCUUAACUGAUUAGAUAUGCAGAAUUUAAGUAGUUGCGAAACAGCUUGUAUAUCAGCUAAUCCUGUUGUAGCCUGCAGGGGUCCCAGUCUGUCCCUCGGUGAUGAUGUCACCUUUCACACCACCCCUAUCAUUUCUAAUACUACUGAAGCAGGGCAAUAAAAAUAAGUAAAUACUUAUUAUAAUAUAAAACUGUGUGUUGUGUGUGCAUGUAAAAAAAACAAUGUUUUAAUGUAAAUUGGACUGAUUUACAGUAAUUUACAAAGACCCUUGAAAUGUUACUAAUUUGAUGUAAAGUAUUGCUUUAUCUUUGUGAGAUACUUGUGGGUUGGUUUUUGAGUGAUCCUUCUGAAGGGGGUGGGUGUUCUUGGUUUUUGAGUGAUCCUUCUGAAGGGGGUGGGUGUUCUUGGUUUGAGUUUCCAAGUAUUUUGAAAGGUUUUUGUGGCUUUAAGCUAUAUUGUACGCCUUUUUAAUUAAUGAUGGUAUACUUUUACUUGUGUUCAUGUUCUCAUAUAUACUUUGUGUGAGUUACUAUAGUACAGUAAGUUAUUGCACUUACAUCAUAUUUUAGAAA